GGGCGGGGGGGCGGCAGCUUGGGGUGGACAGGAGUCGUCCCCUGCGGGCCGUGAGGUUAGAGCCGCGCUCUGGGCGCGCGGAGCGGACCCCGGCGCAGCCUGGCCGCUGUGCGCCCCGGGCCGAGCGGCUCCGGCUCUGCGCUCAGUUUCCGACCUGUAACCUGUAACCGGGCGUGGACAACGGCAGCGGGGCGGCGGGACUGAACGUGUGGGCGGUGCCCGGCCCGGGGGAGGGUCGGCGAGUUAUUGCGGCCCCCACUGCAGCCGGAGUCCUACGUCCUUCUUCUCUGAGCCGCACGGCCGAGGGGGGGGUCCCGGACCCCUGGGGCGGGCCCUCGUCUCUGGGCCUGUGUAGCCCCAGCUCCUUCUGACUUCCCUCUCCGAGGGCUCGUGGCCUCAUUCUCGGGCGGAGUAAGGAUGUCAGAGCUGGUGAUUCUCAGGGGUGGAAAGCACGAGGGGCUUCUCCCUCCUGGCUCCCUAUUUCCUCUUUCAGAUCUGCCUUCUGGAGACCCCACCGUCCUCGCAGAAGAGCCCAGAAAGAAGACAUGGCUCUUGGACCGAGGGAAGCAAGGUCUCGAACGCCUCUUUUUAUUCAUGAAUCUCAAUUCAGUGUAUGAUUACUAACUUGACAGGUGUCGGUGACCUUCGAGGAUGUGGCUGUGCUCUUCACGCGGGAUGAGUGGAGGAAGCUGGGUCCUUCUCAGAGAAACGUGUACCAGGAAGUGAUGCUGGAGAACUACAGUAACCUGGUCUCACUGGGACUCCUGUUUUCCAAACCAAAAGUGAUCUCCCUGUUGCAGCAAGGAGAAGAUCCCUGGAGGGUAGAGAAAGAAAGUCCUGGAGGCCCCUCUCUAGGAUGGAAGAGCAGUCACAAAACCACGAAGUCAACUCAGACGCAGGAUUGUUCUUUUCAGGAGUUGAUGAUGAGAAGAUCCAGAAGAAAUGGACCCUGGGACUUUAAAUCAGAAAAACCCUGCAUUUAUGAAGACAGAUUAGAGAAAAAGCAGGAGAAAAAAGAAAUUCAGACAGUUACCCACAAAAAAAUCCUCAUUGUAGAAAGAAGCCAUAAAAAUAAUGAAUUUGGCCAAAACUUUAGCCCAAAGUCGGUCCUUGUUAGGCAACAGAUGGUUCCCAGAGAAAAAACACCACCAAAAUGUGAAAUACAAGGAAACAGCUUCAAACAGAAUCCAUAUUUGCUUAAUCAACGAAAAAUCAACACCGCAGAGAAACGCUAUAAAUGUAGCAUUUGUGAAAAAACCUUCAUUAACACUUCAUCUCUUCGCAAACAUGAGAAAAACCAUAGCGGAGAGAAAUUAUUUAAAUGUAAAGAAUGUUCGAAAGCCUUCAACCAAAGUUCAGCUCUCAUUCAGCAUCAAAUAACUCACACUGGAGAGAAGCCCUACGUAUGUAAAGAAUGUGGGAAAGCCUUCACUCUGAGUACAUCCCUUUACAAACACCUAAGAACCCACACUGUGGAGAAAUCCUAUAGAUGUAAAGAAUGUGGUAAAUCCUUCAGCAGAAGGUCUGGCCUUUUUAUACAUCAAAAAAUCCACGCUGGAGAAAAUCCCCAUAGAUACAAUCCAGGUAGGAAGGCAUCCAGCACAUCCCUUCCCGGAUGUCAGAGAAUUCAUCUCAGAAAGAAGUCCUAUUUAUGUAAUGAAUGUGGCAACACCUUUAAGUCUAGCUCAUCCCUUCGUUAUCAUCAGAGGAUUCACACGGGAGAGAAACCUUUCAAGUGCAGUGAAUGUGGGAGAGCCUUCAGUCAGAGUGCAUCUCUUAUCCAGCACGAAAGAAUUCACACUGGAGAAAAGCCCUAUCGAUGUAAUGAAUGUGGAAAAGGUUUCACUUCUAUUUCACGACUUAAUAGACACCGGAUAAUUCAUACCGGUGAGAAGUUUUAUAACUGUAAUGAAUGUGGCAAAGCCUUAAGUUCUCACUCGACGCUUAUCAUUCAUGAAAGAAUUCACACUGGAGAGAAACCGUGUAAAUGUAAAGUGUGUGGGAAAGCCUUCCGACAGAGUUCAGCUCUCAUUCAACAUCAGAGAAUGCAUACCGGGGAAAGACCCUAUAAAUGCAACGAGUGCGGGAAAACAUUCAGGUGUAACUCAUCCCUUAGUAAUCACCAGAGAAUUCACACAGGAGAGAAACCAUAUCGGUGUGAGGAAUGCGGGAUAUCUUUUGGCCAAAGUUCAGCUCUUAUUCAGCAUCGGAGGAUUCAUACAGGAGAGAAGCCCUUUAAAUGUAACACAUGUGGGAAGACUUUCAGACAGAGCUCAUCACGUAUUGCCCAUCAGAGAAUUCAUACUGGAGAGAAACCAUAUGAAUGUACUACAUGCGGGAAACUUUUCAAUCACAGGUCAUCUCUUACUAAUCAUUACAAAAUUCAUAUCGAGGAGAACCCCUAGGAAGUAAAUUUGCAUGUGUGAAAGCCUUAAACCAAAGCUCAUCAGAAUAUCCGAGAGUGAUACAACAGAAGUAAUGGAUAGGAAAAACCUUUCUGUGAUGUAGGCCUCAUCAGAUACCAGAUUCCAAGGAUAAACCUUGACUGUGUAAUAGAUAAUGAGGAAAGUAGGAAGUGUUCAUGCCUGCCAGGCACUUUUGAAAAUAACCUGAAAUGAAGAAUUCACAACUGGAGACACUGACUUUGGGCAUUUGUAAAAUAAUUCUCUUCCUAGAGCAGUGUACACGAGAUACCUAAACAUCUGGGUGAGGGGAGGUGUGCACUGGAUUUCUCAUUAAAAAGAAACUUAUAAAUUGGUAAUACUUUUUUUUUUUACAACUAACAUUUAAUAGCAUAUAAAAGAUGUGAUUGAAUUCUACACUUUUAGAGAAAAGGACCAAAUAAAAGAUUAAAAACAACAACAAAAAAGAGCUGUGAACUACCUCUCCAUUUCUGGGGUUUGUCCUUUUCCUGACCUGAUGUCAAAUUCUGUGCAUGGAUUUCAUUUAAAAAUAGAAAUAAAAGUCUGUUGUCUUCA